AUGAACGGCUGCGGGGAACACAACUUUCUUGUAGCCAUGCUCGUCGAUCAGCCCGGCGCAAGCAUCAAGAGUUGCAUGUCGUGUGAUGCAGCGUUUACAAUUGGUAACGAUGUUGAUGGGAAUACGGCAUCAAUCGCGUUGAAGUUGGGGGUGUUUCAAGGCUGCCCACUUAGCCCCCACCUCUUUAACGCCGCGAUCUCUCUGCUUCUCCUCGCGCUCAAUUCGCUGCCGGACACUGGUGUGAAGGUGUUCAGCGAAGACCGUCCCGGUGCGGCUGCUUAUGCAGAUGACUUGAAGACGUUCAGCAGUACUGUGGACGGCAUCAAGCGACAGCACGCCGCGGUGCAAGACUUCCUGCGGUGGACCGGCAUGAAGGCAAAUCCGCACAAGUACAGUACCACGUCGGUCCAGCUGGACGUGCGUAGUCUACACAUGACUAGCGACCUCAGGCUGCAGCUGGACGGCACCCCGAUCCCCGCACUCAGCGCCUCCAACUCCUACCAGUAUUUGGGGAUCGGGGAUGGCUUCGACCACGUGCACCGUCGCGUUGAGAUUGCAACAGCACCCACUCAGGUCAAGCACGACGCGAAGGCGCUGAUGCGGUCCGGGCUGGCGCCGUGGCAGGUGGUCAAAAUCAUAAAGGCGUACUUGUACCCUCGGGUUGAGUACCCCCUCUGGCACCUGAGAUCGUUUUCUCAGCAGCUGGAGGGUUUUGACCGUCACCUUGUACGCGGCCUUCGACACCUUCUACGGCUACUAACUAGCACUACGACAGCUUUCUUUUACGCUCCUGUUUCUCGUGGAGGGUUAGAGUUCUUACCCUUGACGGAGAUGCAUGGCGCUUUGCAAGUUGCGCACGGGUGGCAGAUGCUGCACUAUCCUGACCCUGCCAUCCAGCGCAUAGCUCACCAGUAG